GGACAUUUACUGAUUAAUAAGUAACUGAGAUGAAAUUGAUCAUGGCCCCAAAGGGCCGAAAUCAAUCUUAAUGAUACCAGAUCCGAUGCAAACGAUAUCACAAUCCAUCUUCAACAGAUUUUCAACAUGCUCCGCACACACCCGCCUCAGGAUAUUGUCGUCACCUACGGUCCGGGCCACUUGAACUCCAAAUAUAUACCAGAUGAUCCUCAGCACGAAUCAGUCUAUCGAAUGGUUCAAGAAGAUAUCCCUGAACCACUCUUCAAGUCCAAAUAUAAUGGAAAGAUUUUGAAGUCCGCUGAAUCGUUUCCGCGACUGGCAACGGACAGUGGGGAAUGUCCGAAUGUGCCUAAAACGGUGCCGGUGACCUCCACCGGUUUGUACAUUACACCUGGCAGCAAAAGUGGACUAAAUGAGAGGCAGAAACCUGUGGGUAGCCCUGGGACGAAUGCGGUUAAGAAAUCUAAGAUCCCGACCCGCACCCUCGAUCGCAGCACGCCCACAAACCCAAACCCACGCAGCGCCCCCGCAAACUCAAACCCACGCAGCAUCUCGGCGAACACAACUCCACGCCGGACACCCAUCCAAAAUAAAGCACGCACAACACCACCCCGCAAAACACCUCUCCAAUCUCGUACUCCAAUCAAAUCACUUCCCAAAAAGCCACCCACUCCACCACCCGCCUCUCCACUGGAGCUCUUGAAAAGACGACACAAGAAGCUCGAAGGAUUGUAUAUGAAGCUGCCCAUUGCGAGCGAUGUGCCCUCUGCGAUCCGGAGGAAAGUGGGGUUGGAAAAGGAGCUUGAGGAGCUUGAACGAGAGAUCGCGAGAUUGAACAUGGUGCAGUGAUUGGAACGGUUCCCUUGGACGUGAUCAAGGUUCGGCGUGUUUGCUCACAUGUGGGCGUUGUACGUUCCGUGAAGUCGUGACAGGCUUGGGUCCGGAACAAGAUGACAAUAGUAAAUAAUAAUCAUUUUAUUUAUCGUCGUCAUUCCCUCUAAGAUAAAAUGUAUGCAACAUGCAUUCUAUUGUAAAUAUGGAUGUUCGGUGUCAUUCUGUCAAUUAGUGCAUAUAUGCAAUAAUCUGGACGUUAUUCUAUCCUCUA